AUGCCCGUCCACCACCUCAUGGUCGGCACAUGGACGCCGCCCGGCGCCAUCUUCACCUUUGCGUUUGACGACGUGGCCCUGACGCUUGAGCUCGUCCACCGGACGCCCAUCCCUGAGGAUGAGCCCAUCUCGUGGAUGACCUUUGAUCAUGCCAAAAAGACAAUCUACGGCGCCGCCAUGAAGAAGUGGUCCAGCUUCGCCGUCGAGUCGCCCACGUCCAUUGUACACCAGGGAUCGCACCCGAUGCUGCAUCACCCCCAGGCAGCGUCCCCCGACACCAACACGCGCGCCAUCUUCCUCCUCGCCGCGCGCGAGCCCCCUCACGCCGUCUACUGCAACCCCUUUUACUCGCACGCCGGCCACGGCACCGUCUUCGCCGUCGACGGCCAGGGGGCCCUCGCCGCCCCGCCGCUCCAGCACUACCCCUACCAGCCCGACUCGGGCAUCCACGGCAUGGUCUUCGACCCGGCGGAGGAGUACCUCUACUCGGCCGACCUCAAGGCCAACAAGGUCUGGGUCCACCGCAAGAAGACCCCCGACUCGGCGGAGCUCGACCUCGUCGCCGCCGUGGACUGCCCGGACCCGCGCGAUCACCCCCGCUGGGUCGCCAUGCACCCCUCGGGCCGCGUCCUCUACGUUCUUAUGGAAAAGGGCAACCGCCUGUGCGAGUGCGCCAUCGACCGGGCCACGCGCCUCCCCGUCUUCGACGACGCCCGCGCCUGGCCCCUCAUCCCGCCCGGCAUCCCCGACCGCGACCGCUGGACCCAGUACCGAGCCGACGUCUGCGCCCUGUCCGCCUCGCGCCGCUACCUCUUCGCCUCGUCGCGGGCAAAUAGCUUCGACCUGACGGGCUACGUCGCCGCGUUCCGCCUCGCCGACGAUGGCCGUGUCGAGCGACAGAUCUGCCUCAACCCCACGCCCACCAGCGGCGGCCACAGCAACGCCGUCGCGCCGAGUGACUGGUCCGACGAGUGGCUCGCCAUCACCGACGACCAGGAGGGGUGGCUCGAGAUUUACCGCUGGCAGGACGAGUUCCUCGCGCGGGUGGCGCGCGUGCGUGUACUCGAGCCGGGCUUUGGCAUGAACGCCAUCUGGUACGACUAG